AGGCGAAAAAGUUAGGACAUGUGAAGAUUGAGUUUACCACUAAGAUGAAGCAUCUUGAGAGGAUUCAAAGACGCAAAAAAGAACUGGAAGAGGGUAUAGAGAGGAAGAGGAAGGAUCUUGCAGCGGUUCUUGAUAAAACUGCAGAAUGUGGGAAGCAGCUCGAGGCACGGUCCUUGAAACUUGUUUCUAAAGAGAAAAAGUUGCAAGAACUAUGCCUGGACAUUGACCUGAAGGAAGAUAUAGCCCUAACACUAGACAAGGAGAUGGAGAUGACUUGUCAAAAGACAGAAUCAAAAUCUAAGGAGCUGGAGAACAUUGAAAGGAUGAUUCAUGAACAGAAUGGACACUAUGAAUCAAUAAAGCUGUUGAUUCAGGAACACACUGAAGAACUGGAUUCCAAAGAGAAGAGACACAAAGAGAUCACAGAGGCUAUUCAUAAACUAUCUUGCAAGCAACUUUCUGAAGAGGAAAAAUACAUUGCUCAGAAUGAGUCAACAGAAAAGGAGUUAAAGUCUUUGAAAGCAAUACUCACUGAGAGAGAGAAACAAAUUGAAGAAGGUGAGAAGGAAUUACAGUACUUGAGUUACUCCAAUGAUGAACUUAUCAGAAAACUCAAUGGGAGACAAGAACAGUUUCUUUCAAGACAGAGCUCAACAACUGAUCUUAUAGCUGAGCAAGAUUCAAUUAAAAAGAAGCUUAGGUCUGUGAAAGAUUCAUUCAGACAGUGUAGCCAAAACCUGUGUAACAAAGAGAAGGAGUUGAAGUCUUUAGAGUCAAUACUCACUGAGAGAAACAAACAAGUUGAGGAAGUAGAGAAGAAGAUACAAGAUUUGAAUAACUCAAAUGAGGAACUUGUGAGACAAGCCAAGGUGAAACAAGAACAAGUUUGUUCAGUCGAAAAGGCGAUAAGGGAAUGCACAGAUAAGUUGGGAGAUAAGAAGAAAUAUUGUGAACAGGUUCAAAGAUCAAUUACUGACCUAAAUGUUGAGCUGAAAUCAAAAGAGUGCCAUCUUAGUUCUGUCAAGAAAAAGUUUCAAGAAAGCUUGAAAGACUUGCAAUCAAUAAAGGAGCAGAAGGUCAAGCUAAAAGCAUCAUUGAUGGAACAUGAGCAAGGACUUAAACUGAAACAAAAGGAGCUUGAUGAAAAAGAUCAGAAACUAAAAGUCACAGAACAGGAGUUGCAGAAAUGGGCUAAGGAUUAUGAGGUGAAAGCAAAGCAGUUGUCUAACCUUUGUCAAGAAAGAAACAUGGAUCAACAUGUUUCUCUUACACCUAGGGAUGUCCACAAACCAACAGGAAACUCAAGGAAACGUGGGAGAUAUGAUGAGUCACUAUCUCAGUCCUUAGAUGUAGAGACUCAUGGGAAAGAAAACACUUACAACUUUGAGAACCAGAGAUCUCAGGACAAGUUCAAGAUUGAUCAAAUAUGGGCUGUUUAUAGCAAAGGGAUGCCAAGAAAGUAUGCUCAGAUCAAGAGAAUCGACACAAGCCCUGAGUUCAAGCUACAUGUAGCACCUUUAGAGCUGUAUCGCCCUCCCAACCUCAUGACACAUCCAGUUUCCUGUGGCCGCUUCAAGUUGAAAACUGGUAUAGCAGAAGUCCUUGCACCUAGCAGCUUCUCACAUAAGGUUAAAGCAGUGAAGAGUAAUGUUAACAGAUUUGAAGUAUACCCAAGAAAAGGUGAGAUAUGGGCUUUGUACAAAAACUGGAAUAUUACAAACUGUGCUGAUAGGUCUGAAGAGGAAGAUCUUGAGAUUGUGGAAGUGGUGGAAACUAAAGAGCAUAGCAUACAUGCAAUGCUUUUGACUGCUAAAGUGUUUAGCAAGGUUCUAUAUGGAAGGUGUCUUGAGUCAAAGGAUGGUUUAGUAGAGAUCCCAAAGAAGGAAGUGAACAGAUUCUCGCAUCAGAUUCCAGCGGUCAGACGUGAGAGGAGUGCAACUCGGCUUGGAGAUUGCGAAUGGUGGGAGGUUGACUCUAAAGCAGUUCUUAAUCCUAACCCAAAGAAGCAUAAGAGCAUCACUAGAGAUGAAGAGCAUCUCAACACCAAAGGUGAUUUCAGAAGAAACAAUAUUCAAAUGGAUUGGAAGAAAAGAUGGUAUGGGUCAUGAUGCCUCUCAUGAAAUUUCUCCAUAAGUGGGUCUAUAUGAGCUCUUCUCCGGCGGAAGCACCGGUCGGUGUUGUGUCAGUUUUUUAACUCUCUCGAAAACGUUUAAGAGACAUAUGUUUGGUCUUCAUUUAACCCUAUCAGAUAUUUCUUUUGAGGAUCAUGAUUUUUCUUACUACUAUCUUGUAGUAGGCUAUAAACCAUCAAAUCAACUUAUAUUAUUUUACUUUUGUGGCCUUAUCUUGGUUUAAAAUAGCAAAGAUAAGUUAGUGUAAAGAAGGUCUCAAAUCUCGCCAACCGCCAUAGCGAUGAAAGGUGAUCGAUCGCCAUAGCUAUAAAAGGUGAUCGCCAUGCGUAUGCAUUACAUAAUACUCCAUUUUAUGUUCAAUGAGUUUCCAAGAUAUGUAUAUUUUAAACCAAAACACCAAAUACAAUAUAUUUGAAUAUAAAAUAGAAGAGAACAGAGUACUAAACAAAUUAAAACCGCGAAGAGAAGAUCCAAAGUAGAGAAAGCCGACAAUCUGAAGAGAAAAGCUAAUGAUUUUAAAUAAAAGUUUUAUAAAAAUAUUAUAUAGAUCAUAAAUUAGGAUU